AUGAGUGAUGAAAAGGAGACUUUCAAAUCACCUGAAAAUAUUGAGCCAAUUGCAAAAAAGAAAAAGGUUGUAACAGAUGCGCCUGUUGCUGAUCAAAAUCCGAAGAAAGUUUUGAAGCACGAAGCAGAGUUUUUGAAGUCAAUUCCUUGCACUUCACAAUAUGAGAAAUCUUUCAUGCAUCGGGACACGAUUUCACAUGUGAUUGCGACUCCGUAAGUUUGGUUUUGUUUUGAAUUGAGAUCAACUUUGUAUUUUGUAGAACUGAUUUCAUUAUCACAGCAAGUGUCGAUGGACAUUUGAAGUUUUGGAAGAAAAAGUAUGCAGAAGGUGUAGAAUUUGUGAAACACUUUAGAUGUCAUUUGAGUGAUUUCUCUGAUAUAUCAGCAAAUUCUGAUGGAACUCUUCUGGCUACUGUUUGCGAAACAGAUAAAACUGUAAAAGUUUUCGAUAUUGCAAAUUUCGAUAUGAUCAAUAUGAUAAAAUUAGAUUUUCCUCCAAGAGUUGCGCAAUGGAUUCAUCAACCCAAUGAUCCUAUUGCUUAUCUUGCAAUUUCUGCAGCAGACUCUGGAAAACUUAUAAUUGUUGAUGGAAAAGCUUCUGCUACACCAAUUAAGGAUCUCGGAACACUUCAUUCAAAAUCAGUUCGUUUGAUAGAAUAUUCACCAGUAUUGGAUAUUGCAGUUUCAAUUGAUGAUGCAGGAAUGAUUGAAUUAUGGAAUGGCGAGAGAGGAGAUUUCCAAUUCCCAGAAAAAUCUUUGAAAUGGCAAUAUAAAUUGGAGACGGAUCUCUAUGAAUUUUUAAAAGUAAAAACAGUUCCGGUUUCUGCCGCGUUUGAUGUAAGCGGAAGAAGAUUUGCAACAUUUGGAGAAGAUCGAAGAGUUCGAAUUUUUGAUAUUAUUCAAGGAAAAAUAACAAAUACAAUCGACGAAACAACAAAUAAAUAUCAUUUGGAAGCAAAAGAAAACAAGUUAGUUUUAUUUCUGUUUAAAUUUAUUUUAAAAAUAAUUGAUUUCACAUUUUCAUUUUACAGAAAUUACGGUUUACAACACAUGGAAUGGAGUAGAAGAUUAGCCUCCGAAAAAGAACUCGAUAAAGACAAGAAAAAUUCUCUGAAAUACUUCCAAAUGACUUUUGAUUUUUCUGGAAACUUUCUUUUAUAUCCAACACCAAUCGGAAUCAAAGUGUAUAACACAUAUACAAAUGAAGUAAUACGAACAAUUGGAAGAGAUGAAACUGUGAGAUUUAUUGCUGUUUCGUUGUGUCGAGCAGUUCCAGAUAUUCGAGAAAGAUUGCAAGGUGCAGCGAUUACUUUGGAAACUGCAGCUGCUGAUAAUCCAACACUCAAUAAGAAAACUGAUGCUGAUCCAUUAUUAGUAAGUUGAGGAUUGGGUUGGUAUUACGGACAUAUCUUUUUUGACUUCUGAUUUUUUUUCGGAAAUUUUGGUAUAGAUGAACAUCGACAUUCAAUUUGACAUGAAACUUUUUCAGGUUUGCUGCGCUUUGAAGAAAAAUCGUUUUUAUCUUUUCACAAAUACCGAACCUUUCAAUGUUGAAGAUGAAGAUGGAAAUCAAACAGUUUCAAGCAGAGAUGUUUUCAACGAAAGACCUAAAAAGGAAGAUCUUCUCACUGCUCUUGAUGUUAGUUUCCAUAUUUUAUUCCCAUUUUCAUUUUUUUUAUUUUUUCAGACUGAUGGAAGUGACAAAGUUCUCAAUUCCGAAGCAAUUAUUCAUACAUCUUAUGGUGAUAUUACAAUUAGAUUAUUUGGUGAAGAAUGUCCUAAAACAGUUGAAAACUUUUGUACUCAUUCGAGACGUGGUUUUUACAAUGGUUUGACUUUCCAUCGAGUUAUCAAAAGUUUCAUGAUUCAAACUGGAGAUCCGACUGGAAAAGGAACUGGUGGAGAAUCGAUUUGGGGUGAAGAUUUUGAAGAUGAAUUUCAUCCAAGACUUCGACACGAUAAACCAUUUAAAGUGUCAAUGGCAAAUGCUGGCGGUGGAAAUACAAAUGGAUCGCAAUUCUUUAUCACAGUUUGUCCAGCUGAUUGGCUUGAUGGUAAAAAUACAUUAUUUGGAGAAGUAACAUCGGGAAUGAGUGUUGUUCAACGAAUUAAUCAAAUUCCAACAUAUGAAAGAAGUGGAAGACCGAGAGAAUCUAUUCAAAUUAUGUCAAUAAGUUUGAAAUAA